AUGCAGAUGAUGAAAUGCGCGUCUUGCGAUGCGGUCCUUGAACGCACGGAUAUGCCGCACCAUAUACGAGAACACCACCUGCUACCUAACCGACAUGCGCCCAGAAUCCCCAGACCCACGGUGUCAUUCGGGGAAUGGCAAGCCAGGGCAAGCACCCGGCCAGCUCCUGUCAUCACUCGACCGCAACGCCACACAUUCCAAUCGGAGAUUCAAGACAUCGUGCAUGCGUUCGUCGCCUUGCCGGAUCAGUUGAGACAAGCGUGCAGCGAGGGCGUCGAGGACCUGCCUGUUCUUGGUGCGUUGUAUGCGUACACCUUCACGCACCUUCAACUAUGCGCUCCAGAGAAACAAAGUCUUAUGGUCGAACUCGAAGACAUAAAGGCAAGGUUGAUAGGAGAAGGUGAUGCUUGCCUUCCAAAUUUAAAGACUAUGAAGGACGGGCUUGUCCACAUUCUACAAAGGUCACAAGUCGGAACGCACAUUUGCAACACUGGCCUGAUUAACGAUACGAAAAUACACGACCUCGACAUCAACAACAUAGGAGCAUUGAUUGUUGAGCACACAACAUCGGAAGAGCGCGACAACUGGCACACUUUCUAUGCCGAUGACAACGCACAGUUUAUGGUCGAUAUCCUGCAAAAUCUACUUGCGGCUCGGUUUGAAAUUCUGGAAAAAUAUAGAAGGUAUCUGGUGAAUGCUGUGAUCAAACUCUCCAGGAAAUCUGGACGGUUCCCGCAGAGUUUGCAACUUCGUUGUAUUCUAGACAUAAAACCUACCGGUUUUCGUGGCGGAUUUGGCUUGAUCUAUCAAGGCGAGUUAAGCGGCCGCCUUGUUGCUGUGAAAAAGGUGCUAGAGGGUAAUCGUUCCCGAGAACAAUUUGAUAAAUCGUUUUCUAACGAGGCAGUGAUCUGGUACCAUGUACGACAUGCUAACUGUCUUCCGUUCUACGGCGUAUACGUCUAUGAUGACGACGCUGAGAAGACCUGGUGCCUCGUAUCCCCAUGGAUGAAAGAUGGUCAUGUGAACCACUACCUUAAGGAGCAUCGUGAUGCUGACAGGUAUCCACUGAUCCUGGAUGUUGCACGGGGCCUGGAGUACCUGCACUCAAUGGACCCAGCAGUGACUCAUGGCGACCUGAAAGGCGUUAAUAUCCUGAUAACGUCUUCCGGGCGUGCAUGUAUAGCGGAUUUUGGAAUUGUAAAGGCUCGAGAUCCCAAUAAUCAAAUGACCACAACAUCAUCCGAUAUCAUAGGAACGUCUCAUUUUAUGGCUCCAGAACUUCUUGCCGCAACGAGCGCAGCUGAUCUCCAGAAGUUUGACACAAGGCGGUGCGACAUGUAUGCGUUGGCUUGCGUCUGUUAUGAGAUGUUUACUGGGAGGUGCCCGUUUCAAAACCAGCUGAUUCAGCCUUUAGUGCUGAGGGGAGAGCGGCCAGAGCGGCCACGUGACACACACCAAGUGUUGGACGACUUUAUGUGGAGUCUCAUAGAAACCCUGUGGAAACAUAAACCGGAAGACCGACUAACAGCAGAACAAGUGUGCAGGCACAUAUUGAGCAGGAUCGAUGCUGAUGGGAAAAAUACCGUGCGCCCGUCCACCGAAGUGGAGUGGGAUGUAAGUUUUCUGGCUGAUGCUGCCGUAACGAUAUCGGCAGAAGACCCUUUCGCGCUUGCGCAUGCAUAG